AGGCUGGCGCUCUUCUGGAUGUCCUGCACGCUGAACGGUGGGCUGUCGGGCAUCGCCCAGCUGCGGGUUCGCCUCGGCAGGUCACACGCCAACGACGACGCCCUCUUUGUCAACGCGUUUCUCUCCAGCGGCCUGUUGGGCGUUGCGCUGCCGUUCAUUGUGUUCAAGGUGGCCGACAGCCCUGGGGCAGAGACGGUGCUGCCGUGUGUGCUCGCGGUGCUCGUGACAGAGGCCAUCUGCAGCACCGCCGCGUCGCCCGCGCUGCAGGUCGGCGUCUCCGCCUUCCUCUUCGUGGCGGGCAUGCAGGGCAUCGCGGCGAGCGCCGGCGCGGCGGAGGGCCCUGCGGCAGAGGCGUCCGCCGGCUCGGGCAAGGCGCGGUCCGCGGCCUCCCCAG